UUCUUUUUCACUCACUCAGCUUGAAAAAUGAAAAGUCGCCAAAAUAUGUAAAGCUGUGUUCAUUUAGCUCUGCUUCGUGGCGCCAAACCUGAGCUAGGUGUGGACAUUAAGAAACAAGUGCUGGUUUAGUUGUUUUCAGAUCGUCUGAACCCAAAGAUUGUAUUUGACCACCACUGUACUUGAUUGCUAAUCAUUUGCCAUUUACCAUCAUCUGCCAGCACAUCAGACAAGUACUCGAAAAAAUAUCUUUCUUGGUAAAACAAUUAAUAUAGGAAAAAAGCCAACAGAUUGACAUCGAACAGAAAKUAGUUCUUUUCGAUCUAGAAGCUAUCAAAGAAACAAUAAAAAGCCGGAAAACAAGCAUCGCCUAAUCUUCAAAGAGUAAAGUUUUGUAGACACAGCAACAGACUAUAAAAUCAUUUUGAAAGUGAAAAAAGUACUCAGUUCUGUAGCGAUACGGUGGAAAUAUCAAAGAACUAAAGAUGGAAAAAACUGGAUGAGAAGAGAGAAAUGUUCAGUUACUGAUUUAAUAACAGAAAGACAAGACUUCACGCUGUGCAAUUGGCAAUCAUUGUCUAUUUUCUUCAGCCAGCGCAGUUAGUCUUCAAAUCGCGGAACAGGUGGAAGCCUUACUGGAAUCAUCUCAUAAAACCGAAGUGUAAACCUUUUUUUGGAAACAUACUAAUAACAGUCUUAUGAAAGUGGGAGGAAUUCAAWUUAUCACUUAAAGAUAAAACGGCACAGUUUGCAUCCCCCGCAAUGUCGACGGAACUCGUGGACCUCGUGCUCACAUCCAUGGCGAUGAUAACAAUCUCCGCCAUCGCCAUCGUCUCCAACUUAAUCAUCAUAAUCGCUGUACUUUGGAACAAACGCAUUCGCAGCGUUGCAAACAUUCUCUUCGUUAACCUCGCAGUCGCAGACUUCUUCCAAGGAUUCAUCGCCAUUCCCCUGAGGCUCGCGGAACAGCUCAACCAAACUGAUACCAAGCCCCUGAUACCGUGUUUAGUGGUAAUACCYCUGACCAUAUUCUUUUARAGCGCAUCGAAUCUAAAUAUUACCAUUAUAAGCAUUGACAGYUUUAUCGCGCUUUACAGGCCGAUGAGAUACAAGGUACUUGUAACUCCAUUUGUUGUGGGUUCGGUUAUAACAUUCUGCUGGGUUACGUCARUYUUUAUCGCCCUCAUACCUGUUGUAACAGGCUGGGGAGCAAAGGCCGACGCCCAUUUGACGAGCAUUUGUCUCUUCUCCACAACUCUACGCAAGGAAUAUCUAUUUAUGCUAUUCUCGAUAAUAAACUUCGCAGUGCUCGCCAUACUAUUAAUAACCAAUGUAUUCAUACUCAAGACUGCACAGAACCACGUACGACGAAUACACAUCGCGCGAGCACCAACACAGGAAACCCAAACAGACAAUAUGUCAACAAUUAACCUCACUCAGACCUUUGAYGACGCGUUUAGUCCAAGAAGUUCUGAAAAAUCGAAAAUAUCAUUUGCGUCGUUCAAGAAGCGCAUACCAAGCCGAGCUGGACGUGAUCGAAAAGCRACCAAGGUUGUUCUKAUCAUCGUUGGGRUAUUCGUGGUGUUGACUGUACCUAUAACGAUUAUUGACRUGCUAGGMGUUUUUGAAGCGAACGUUAACGUACCUUUGGUYGUGAUKAAGAUUGCUGUGUUCAUGGUGUACUUUAAUGCUUGUAUAAAUGUGUUUAUAUACGCUGGUUACAACCAGGAGAUGAGAGAUACCUUUAAAAUUAUGUAUCUAAAAACUACAUUGUAUUUGAAACGACAUUGAAUGGAUUGAUUGACAAGCAGACAAACAGACACACAGUGAUGAGAAAUACACUUAAAGUUAUAUAUAUUAAAGUUGUGCUAUUCAAACUGACGCCAUUGUAAAUGGACAGAAGUGCACAACUAUAGUUAUGCAUCUGAAAUGGAUAGAUAGCGACCAAAGUCAGAGUGUUAUAACAGAAAUAGGCUGUCCAACUAGCUGAAUGGAUAGAUUCAAAGAUCGACACACAAUGAGGAAAAAACCUCAAAUUGUGCUAUUCAAAGUGAUGAUUGUAAAUGGAUAGAUAGCGACCAAAGUCAGAGUGCCAUUUUAACAGAAAUAGAAACUAUCUGGACUAUCUGUUCUAACUACAGCAAUCGCUAUAUAGGCCUGCCUACAUUUGCUGUAAGCGAUUUCUGUCCUAUUUGAUUUUUAAUUCAAAUCAAAAACUUACUUUGGCAGUUUUGAAAAACUUGAAAAGAGAAUCGUUUCAACAGGGUUAGUGAUGUCUUUUAAAAACGCCAAUUCAUAAAAUGACACACAUUUUAAUGAAUAAGUCAGAAAAUAUCAUAAUAUACUGACUAAAUACUGAUUAAAUACUGUCUGAUGAGUGCGUAGCACGAAACUCGGAGUUACAGCAAAAUCUUGCCUCUUUGAUAUUAUAUAUAUAAUAUACUGACUAUAUAUUGUGUGUGCAAGCGCCCUGACCGCCAUUUUGAAUUUCAUCAUCCGACAUUUUAAAUUCAUCAAACGCCAUUUUAAAUUGCAUUGGCCGCCAUCUUGAAUUUCAGCGGUCGAAAAUCUAGUGUUUUUGUUGUAGAAAAGCUAUGGGAUUCCCAACGAACAAAACAGAAAAAUUAUAAUUUGUAAAAUAAAAAUAAUAAGCCUGUAUUUAAGCAAUUAUGGACUAUGUAAAUACAUGUAUUGUAAUGAUGUUAAUAAGAUUAUAAGAUAAAAAUUAAGAUAAUAAUAUUAUAGUAUACUUAAGUGAAAUAA